CCAGCACCGGUGCAGCGGCACAGUGGCUAUCGAGCGGCAUGUCCUAUCUGCAUGGCUGCAUUCCAGGGCCAAUCGCCGUCUCCCUCCCCGCCCCGGCCGAUACGGGAAGCCCCUCGCUCCGUCUCGGCCGGCUCUCGGCCUGUGUUUGCGCCCAAAUCGAGGGCCUGGGCUUUGUGCGUCGUUGUGCCACAAGCGAAAAAAAAAGGUGUCUGCACAAAUGCGAUUGCCCAAAGCCGCCUCGGGCUGAUCGCUCUUGCGCUCAGUCCAUACCAGCCCAGCUCCUCCCCUCCCCGCCGUCCAUCAGCCAGCCAUGCCCCCCAAGAAGGCCCAGACCACCGAGAAGAUCCUGCUGGGCAGACCCGGAAACAACCUCAAGAUGGGUAUUGUCGGUCUGCCCAACGUCGGCAAGUCUUCCUUCUUCAACGCCAUCACCAACAGCUCCGUCCCUGCUGAGAACUUCCCCUUCUGUACCAUCGACCCCGAAGAGUCGCGAGUGGCUGUCCCCGACACCCGCUUCGACUGGCUGGUGGAGCAGUACAAGCCCAAGAGCGUUGUCCCCGCCUGGCUCACCAUCAUCGACAUUGCCGGCCUUGUCAAGGGUGCCCACGAAGGCCAGGGUCUCGGCAAUGCUUUCCUGUCCAACAUCCAGGCCGUCGAUGGCAUCUUCCAUCUGUGUCGCGCCUUUGAUGACGCCGAUGUCAUCCACGUCGAUGGCGAGAUCAACCCUGUCCGUGAUCUGCAAACCAUUCACGAGGAGCUCCGGCUCAAGGACGAGCACUUUAUGGAGAAGCAAGUCAGCUCCCGCGAGCGCGAUGUCCAGCGUCUGGGCCGCGGCGCCAACCUGCAGGACAAGGCCAAGAUCGAAGAGUUUGCUGUCAUCAAGAAGAUCUACGAGUGGCUCUCUGUGGAGAAGAAGGACAUCCGUGACGGCGACUGGACCAACAAGGAGGUUGAGAUCAUCAACAGCUUCUAUCUCCUGACGGCCAAGCCCGUGGUCUACCUCUGCAACCUCAGCGAGAAGGACUAUGCCCGCAAGAAGAACAAGUGGCUGCCCAAGAUCAAGGCCUGGAUCGACGAGAACCACCCUGGCGACGUCCUGAUUCCCUACUCGGGCAUUGUCGAGUACAACCUCUCGACCAUGGAAGCCCAGGACGAGAAGGACCAGUACCUCAAGGACCUGCAGACCAAGUACGAGGCCCCCGUCCCCGUCACCAGCGCCUUCAACAAGAUCAUUGUGACCGGAUACAGCGCUCUCAACCUGAUCUACUACUUUACCGCUGGCCCCGAUGAGGUCCGCGCCUGGACUAUCCGUCGCAACACCAAGGCCCCUCAGGCUGCUGGUGUCAUCCACACCGACUUUGAGAAGGCCUUCAUCAUGGCUGAAGUCAUGAAGUACGAGGAUCUGAAGGAGCACGCCACCGAAGCCGCUGUCCGGGCUGCCGGCAAGUAUAACCAGAAGGGCCGUGAAUAUGUCGUCCAGGACGGCGACAUUUUGUACUUCAAGGCCGGCCAGGUCAACGAGAAGAAGAAGUAAACGGCAGAACGCCCAGGCGAGGCGGGCCGAACUCUGGUUGGAUGAUUCCCUGCUGGCGAAAUAUACACUGCUCCAAGAGCGCUGGGCCC